AUGUCUCUUCCGCCUGAACGAAUACGCAUCAAACGACGGAGGGAGGAUGAACCCGUUGAGACACUUUCGCCACCAUCUAUGUCCUGUCACCUCUACGAUCUCAUACUUCUCAACAUUCAAUCAGAUAUCCACCAGCCCAAGAGGCGAUUCACAGACUAUGUUUUCCAACGAGUUGUUCUGCAUGGUAGCAAAGAUGGCAGUCGAGAUGGCCUCGAUGGCGGCUUAACGUCCGAGCAUCAGCUAAGGGGGCGCGUUAAAGGCAAUCGUGCUGUAACCGUCAGCCAUCAUGCCGCAGCCUCCGGGAAUGCGGUAGACCAUUCCGGCAUUCCUAUCAUUACAACCCCAUCGACGCGUGGCGAUGUUACUAAAUUGAAGCAGAAGCAGCCAAACACUCCAGAAGGAGAGGAGCAUGACGGCACUGACAAAGAGUCAGCUAGAAGUGACUCACCGUCGCUAGCUACUUUAGCUAGCAUACCUAGAGUUAUUUCACCUGGUAAGAGGCCAGAUACCAUGCAAACUAAUGGCUCUUCUAUACGCCGUUUUCACCUAGAAGCACCGAGUUCUACAGAUGAUCUGGAGGAUACCCUAGAUGUACUUCACAGAGUUGGUGGGGGGAUUCAGAAGAAGAGAUCACGGAAAACGUCUAGUUACCGACCAGUUAUUGUGGAGAACAUAGUGGUUACCAAUAAGAAUGCCACGGACAAGACAUCUACUUCAGCGAAGGAGUCUCUGGAAAGAAACCGCAUGACUAGGCCUAAACCAUUUAGUACGUCUUCGGGGAAUCGACAUACUGCCAACCAAGAACAAACAAGCGAAAGAACCCGGAAAGGGGAAUCAAUACUUGAAGACCCCAGCACAUGGGACCAUGACUCCGAUAAUCUUGCCAAUGAACUGGCACGUAUUGCUCUGGAGAUGACAAAUGACAUCGAACCUUUGGGGAAGCCCCCUUCAGCUACAACGACCGGUACAAUACGCUCAACUCCGCAGAAGCGGCCCCUGAAAUAUAAGCCGCAUUUACCCAAGGUGCCUCGUGCAGGAGCACAUCGGGAUAAUCACCACCAUGAACAUUCCAUGCCACUUUGCGGGAUAUCUGACGGGGCGGAUGUACGUGGAGUUACCAUAGAAAGUAGAGAUACCAACAUAACUGAGAAAAUCAAGAGUACCUAUUUAUCCGAAACCCGAGAGGAGAGGGUGAAAUCUGAGAUGGACGAAGACUCGGACUCUGGCUACGUCUUCGACGAAUUUGUGAGGAGACCUGUGCAUGAUGUUGUUGCGGACCCGAGCAUCCAAUACUUUCGAGAUGGGAAAUGGGUUGAGGGGCAAGAUGUUCCGAAAGAUAUCGGAAUCGUUGUGAUUACACAGGACGACUCUCAUUUUUGGGACGCUAUUGCUGAAGAUGAUGAUGAGAAGGACUGGGAUACAGAGGAUGAGGACUCUAACGCUGAAGAUAAUCCCGCAAACGAGUAUCCGGAUGAGGAUCUCGACUUUGAUGACGAGUACGGGGAUAACGGCGCGAUUUACAGGCGUUUCCGCAUAAACGCGUCAGACGACGAGGAAUAUGAUGCAGUAGAGUAUGAUAUGUAUGGGUAUCGUGCUUAUACUGGCAAUAUAUAUGGCGAUAGUGACUCAGAUAGUUGA